AUGGAAAACUGGCAUAAGUAUCAACCACUCUUAUAUAUCCCUAAUCCCAAAGAAAUCCAACCCGUCGACAAUCAGCCUGGUCGGAGAUUCCGUUUGGCAAGGGGCUUAAGACAGGGGUGCCCGCUUUCGCCGCUGUUGUUUAAUCUAGUUGGUGAAGCUCUGAAUUUGAUGUUGGAAAAGGCGACGAGAGUGGGUCUGUUCUCGUGCUUUAUGGUGGGUUACGGUGAUAACGCUCUGGAGAUAUCACAUUUACAGUUUGCCGAUGAUUUAAUUUUGUUUUGUGGAGCGUCGGAGAAUCAGGUCCAAAAUGCAAAGAGGGUUCUCCGAGUUUUCGAACUAACAUCGGGAUUAAAAUUGAACCUUAAGAAAUGUACACUUUUCGGUGUAAAUACCUGCGCUCAUGAGGUGCGUGGUUGGGCAUCCAGGGUCGGCUGUUCGGAAGGCAAGCUGCCAUCAGACUAUUUGGGAUUGCCGUUAGGAGCAAAGAAAAAUAAUAGGUUGAUUUGGCAGCCGUGGUUCUGGCGUUUUGGUUGGGAAGUCUCCUCACCUUGGAAAUGCAUCGUUGCUGCCAAAUAUAACUUCGAUCCGGGUGAUAUUUGCCUCCCGAGCCUGAGGGGCCGAGGCUUGUCAUGGAUGUGGCGUGACAUUCUGCAGAAUUUCUACGAGGAGAUUGGUGGCCAAAACUUAAGGGAUAUCUUCAAAAUCCAAGUCAGUGAUGGGAGGAGAGUGAACUUUUGGCAGGAUACCUGCAUUGGUAAUUGCCCACUAAUGAUUGCUUUUCCUAGAAUGUUCGCGCUUGCACUUAAUAAAGAAGGGAAAGUGUCAGACUUCGGAACUAAAACAAAUAAUGGUUGGGUUUGGAGCAUACAGUUUAGGAGAAAUGUUUUUGACUGGGAGAGAGAUCAAUUCGAUGCCUUUUUUCGUUUGCUGCAUGAGUUUGAGCCUCAGCGUUUAACCUAG